AUGCCCCGCGGCCGCGACGAAUGCUGGCUGGAAGUCACCCGCAAUCUCGACGAAGACUCGGGCAAGCGCCAUCCUCGCGUCACAUGCAAGCACUGCCUGACCGAGUGGACAUCGAAUGAAAAGGCCAGAGUCAUCGAGCAUCUCCAGCGCUGCAACGAGCUUCCCGAGGCGCUAUGGCGGACUUACCAACCUCACCGUCUCGACCCGACUCUGCCCUCCGCCGCCGAGCUCCAGCAACAGCAACGCGCUCGCACGCGCGGAAUAGGGUCCAUGUCCGCAAAUGAACAAGACAUAGCGACCGCAGCCUGUGCCCAAUGGAUCCACGCCGCCGACUUGAAUCCAAACGUCAUCGAGCACCCGGCCUUCAGAGCUUUCGUCCGCACAUUACGUCCCGCGUUCAAGGCGCCCACCAGGCACCAACUGACGCACUCCCUGGUCGACGCCCCUUUAAUGUUCAUCGCCUUCCUCGCGGAUCCGCAAGAACGCCAUCCACGCCCGGCCAUCUUGGAUAGCAACGAGGAGACGCAAUCGCGAUCGUUGCAAGCCUUCUUGCUCAAGUACUGCGACAACAACGCCGCCAAGACAUCCACUCUCCUCGGCCUCCUCUCGCUCCUCCGCGUCAGGCAAGGCCCCUUCCACAACGAGAUGAUCUGGAUGGCCGCCAACCAGCUCUCUCCCAUCCAGUGGUGGCAGAACUUCUGGCUCGAAGAGCAGCCCGACCUCGCGGAACUCUGCAUCAUCAGCCUCGCCAUCUCCCCGGCAGGCGACUCGCUCGAGCGCAACUGGUCUCCGCACAGCUUCGUGCACAUCCUCAAGCGGAAUCAACUCCCCCCAGCAGCCGUCAAUCGACUCGUUUCCACUUUCUGGAGCCUGCGCAUCAAGCAUGGAUGGGUAGAAGACACGGCCAACGGCGCCCCGGGUGAUGUCGCCGACGCUGAUGCGGAAUACACGCCGGAUAUGGACGGUCUAGCAUUGCCCAUGGGAAUGCAGGGGCCCUAG